AUUUUUCGGGUAAGGUUUGUGACACAAGUGUUUCUCUGAUUUUUUUUUUAUUGAAGGAAUGUAUAAGGGCAUAUCUCUAGAACCCUUAACUUUAAUGUCCCUCGCAUAUAUUUUGCUUAUAUCAAAUGGAGGGAAGAUCCACAAGAUCGAAAGGUGCCACUCUCGAGACUGGUCUCGAGUUUUAUCGACCUUCCAGCAGUAAGGACAACCGUCCGGAUCUUUACGAGCUUUACAAAAAUUUGGAUGUCCGCUAUUUUAAUGGGGAAUUGAAACGGGCGGGAUUUACCGUAGACUGGGGGCAGAAUAUGAGGAGGACUUCCGGGUUCACAGAUACGAAAAAGAGAUACAUUCGUAUCAGCUGGGAGAUUCACAGCUUGCUACCGGAAGAAGAUCUUAUGGCGACUCUCCUACAUGAAAUGAUCCACGUGAAGUGCUUCCAGCACAAGUGGGAUGCUAGCAGUCACUGGCAUUGUGGCAAGUUUGUCGAAGAAAUGGAGAGGAUAAAUAAGAUUGGGCCCUACAAGGUGGUUCUUAGUCACGAGCUGCCGGAAAAAGUUUAUGAGAAGUUGCAUCCGCACGAGUGGAAAUGCCGUAGUUGCGGUUACAUCAUUCAAUUGACGACUCGCACAAUACCAGCUUCAUGGUUGAUCUUCGAGGUCGAUCUUCCGGACGUUACUGAUGAUCAACAAUGUCGGGUUGCUUUAUGGUACACCUUGGAGAAUUGGGCGGUGCCUUCACCCGACAGAAUCUUCCUCGGCAUAGGCUUCGAGGAUCAAUGA